ACAAACGCUGUCAGACCCCACUUCCUUGUGGGCUGACCGGCCUUCACCGCAUCCGAGGACAGGAGCAGACUCUGCUGCCCACGGAGUCAGGGAGGAGAUGGCCCGGAGCGCCCCUGUCAGGCUUCUGUUUGCGAUCAGUCUGGCGUUACAGACCAUUCCUUUGGGAAACAGCUGCCAGAGAGAGAAUCAUGAGGGCAGUAGAGAAGAAACCAACAACGCGACAGUUCAGAGGCUCCAGCAGAAAACACUCAACUGGACGUGGGACGGUUCCAGGGACGGGAACGGGAGCGCGCAGGACCUGCUCCCCCAGGCCAGGGCUCCCCCAGAGCGUGCGCCCCCGCGGCCGCGCUGCUGCAUGAACGGCGGCACCUGCGUGCUGGGCAGCUUCUGCGUGUGCUCCGCCCACUUCACCGGCCGCUACUGCGAGCACGACCAGAGGCACAGCGAGUGCGGCGCCCUGGUGCACGGAUCUUGGACCUUGCGCAGCUGCCGGCUGUGCAGGUGCGUCUUCGGGGCCCUGCACUGCCUCCCCCGCCAGACGCCCGGCCGCUGCGACCCGAGAGACCUGCUCAGCUCACACUCGCCGAGGCGCAGCGCCCGGGGCCCGCUGGUGUUGCUCAGCCUGCUGCUGCCCUGCCUCCUCCUGCUGCGCGGGGGCCGUGAAGGGGAGCCCGCCGCCCCGGGCGCCCGUGGGGGCCCAGCGCCGCGCCCCCGGAGCUGCUGAGCGGGCGCGUCCUGUGUGUCCUCUUCAGUCCCCUAUGUUCUGAAUAACAUAU